AUGCCAUCAACACUCUACGACCUUGUUCUUGAUUUCAUCAUCUCUCCAUUCACCACCACCACGCUAAUGUCUGCCUCGACGAUACACGCAGAUGCCCCGCCGGCCGUGGUUCAGGACCCAGAGGGACUCCAGUAUGAAACGGGAGCACAGCUGGGCAAAGGUGGCUUCGCCAUCUGCCAUCGUGCGAAGCUGCUCGGGCAUGAGCAUCUCGGUAGCUCUACAGUCGCUUUGAAGAUUGUUAAAUCUAAAAUGGAGCCUCCCAAACUGGCGCAAAAGUUUGUCACUGAACUACAGAUCCACUCGAAGCUCUCUCAUCCCAACAUCGUCGAGUUCUUCCGCGCCUUUUCUUUCGAAUCAAGCACCUAUGUUGUCCUGGAGCUAUGCGAAAACGGUUCUCUUGCCGAUGCGAUCAAGAAGCGCAAAUACUUCACCAUGCCUGAGAUCAGGCGAUUUAUGAUCCAGACAUGCGGCGCAAUCAAAUACCUACACCAAAGGAACAUUGUACAUCGCGACCUCAAGACAGGGAACCUCUUCCUCGACCGCGACAUGAACGUCAAGGUUGGCGACUUUGGUCUUGCUGCACUACUGGUGUCGCAGAGCGACUACGGGGCGAUCCGUCGAACAACCAUGUGUGGUACGCCAAACUACCUUGCACCAGAGGUCUUGGAGAAGACAGGGAAGGGUCACGACGAGAAGGUUGACCUGUGGGCUAUUGGAAUCAUGAUGUACACAUUAGCAGUCGGAAGAGCGCCAUUCCAUGCAGCCAAGCGCGAAGACAUUUACAGGAAGCUGAAGGCUCGCGAAUACACCUGGCCAGACCUCGCCAGGUUUGCCAACGAGAUUACCGACGACCUUCGCGAUAUCGUUUCGUUACUGCUGGUGCACGAAGACGAGCGACCGACCCCCGACCAAAUCGUUGCCCACCCAUUCUUCAAACUCGGCUAUAUUCCGUUAGAGUUGGACAGCGGAUGUACCUCCAGGGUACCGAAGUGGCCAAAGAACCGCCCGCCGACAGCAUCAACUGUCAGGCGUGGAUAUACCGAGGAAUGGUGGCAGCUCUGCAAGUCUUCCUCUGUUGGCGAAUACGAACAAGGAAAAGCAUUUGGUACUUACGGCCGCAGGACAAACAAGACCGUGGCAAGGGACUGUCAGAAAGAGAUCGAAGCUGGCAAGCAGCCAAACAUUCCAUUCUCCAAAGACGUCGUAUACGUACCUUUCCCUGCUCGUGUGCAAUGGCCGCACCAACCUCCAGGAGGACUCAGUGAGAUAUCGGAAGAGAAAGAGUCGUCAUCGGAAAGCCAAGCACUCUCAGAGACUACCGGAAACGAGCGGACAAAAAGUCGUGCGGUCAGGGCCCCAAGACGAGAGCAACAGCCGAUGCAGACAUUGAAGGAAAACGUAGAGCCCGUACAAGAGCCCGAGCCUGCGCAUAGAAUACUGGACAAACAGCCGACCCGAUUAAGAGCAGCCCGUAAGAUCUCGAAUCCCGGCCGUGUUACUGCGAACACGGCUUCUGCGCCCGCUCCUCUACGCGUUCCUCGGGAGGCACGAACUUCCACACGAGCACGGACAGCGAAGGAAAGCGCAAAAGAAGCACCAAAGACAACAUCAAACGGACUUCCUGACCUUCCACCUUUACGAGUCACCAAGGCCAGCACUCGCGAGAGCGUUAAGCCGGAAUCGACGACUCAAGCAACCUCAACGAAAAGCGCUGCCCGUUAUCGAACCAUCAGCAACGAUAUGCCUGCCACUGAUCCGGUGACUGUUUUGGCGCGCUUGAUGACAUUCCGGGAUAAUCUUGAACGAGCCCUGGACAAAAAGCCUACGAAGUCGAGAAGAGAUCAGCCACCGCAGUUGCCAUUCGUCGCAAAAUGGGUAGAUUACAGCCGGAGAUAUGGAGUGGGUUACGUCCUCAAUGAUGGUAGUAUUGGAACCCUCCUCUCUGCAGAGGAGCAGUAUCCGGUCACCAUCGCGUUUGCCACGGACGGAUACAACCAUCUACGGAAGGCGGGAGGCAACCGGGAACUCGCCAAAAGCGUUGCACUGAACUACUAUACGACGGUCAAGAAGGAUCGGGGACUAUCACAAAUCGAGGUACUAGAAUCGCGGCGCGUUGAGGAGAUUCGAACUGUUUGGCACAAGUUUGGAAAAUACAUGUGCGCAACGUUUGGUGACGAAGAAAAGCCACUCAGAAAAGAUCCCCGCGUGAACUUUGUUCGAUUUUAUCAACGCCUGGGUAACGUUGGGAUCUGGGGUUUCGACGAUGGCUCCUUUCAAUUCAACUUCCCUGAUCACACCAAGCUCGUUUUGUCGUCGGACGCAGGGUACGGACAUUUCCUAUGCCUACCACUUGAUGCGACGUCUCUCCUCGAAGAGACUGGAAACGUGCCGUGGAAGCACGUGAAGGCUCGAGCACAUCUGCGAGGUUCACUGCAACAACUUCUAUACGGCUCAGCCGACAAGGAAGACAGUUACAAAGAGCUUACAGAGGGCAACCUUCUUCGCGCAAAGAUCGAGUUCAUCUACGCUGUGGUCACGGAAUGGUGUCAAGAAGGUGGCCUGGGCUGCCUCGUGGAUCCCAAAGUAUAUUCUUGGGGCGGUCCUCAGCUGGAAGAGUCCAAGCGUUUGGACUGGGCGAGCGUUGGGCGUUUUGGCGGUGAUGUUUUCUCAUGA